AUGGAGUCGUAUGACGAUGUGGCUGAGGAUUCAUUCCUUUUGCCCAACUUCCCACCCAACACCAAGGUCCCAGAAGUGAUUGCCCUGCAAAACGGCGAAGAGUGUUUCGUGGCGCCUCUCGUCAACGAGAUGAAGGUCAACAUCGAUUACCUCUGGAGACUGAAGAGGAAAAUGAAGGGCAAGGACAUCGACAUCAAGCUCCACAUGCUCGAGGACGAGCGGGGGAAGAUCAACACCGCUUCUGCUGGCGGACCCCAACGUAAGGGCGUUGGCCGUGCUCCACACUUUUCCAACGACAAGAUCAAACUGGCGUUGGAAUGGGCCAACCAUGUCGAAGAGAGCCUGCUUCUCGAGCUCUCACCAAAGACGCAGGCCGAUACCGCUGGCGCACGCGCCACCCCCAAAACCAGCAGUGACACGGUUACGGAAGAUCUACUCAUCGAUCUCAGCGGGCCCGCACCGGCUCCGUCGGCCGUACCCUAUCACCUCCAGGCGCCGCCGCAGCUGCAAAUGCCGCCCGGUGCGAUGUACCCGCCGCCUUCCUACUACUACCCGCCCUCCUACGCCAUGCAACCGCCCGGCUCCACCGGCGGCGGAGUGCCCCAGCCGUUCAACGCCAUGCCGCCUCAGCAACAGCACCACCUCAUCCCCUCCAUGCCGGGCGCGCCCGGUUAUCCCAUGAUAACGCCUGGCUAUCCUCAACCGCCGCUCAGCGGCAACAUGAUGGGAGCGGCCGGCAGUGGUGUGCUCAUGCCUUCCACCAGCGGUAACUACCCGCCGAUGUCCGGAUUCGGGGCCUUCUACCAGCCCAUCGCCGUGCAGGGACCCGCGCCGGUGCCAUUAGACGCUCAGCAGCAGCAACAGCAGCAGUCUUCCACUUCGUCGUCGGCUCUGGCCUAUCCCGGUAUCUCCGCGGCUCCGAGCCCAUCGCCGUACGGUGCUACGUCAUCGCCCUUCUCGUCGUCCGGCGCUGCCUCCUCGGCCAGCACCACGCAGCAGCCGCCGUCGCCCGUUCUCCGUACUUCUUCGACCACGACCACCUCGACCGCCGCGCUGUCGCCCUCGUUGAACGUGUCCUCGUCGUUCUCCCCGCUGCCGCUGAGGGAAGAGCCCAAGGUCAUCAUGGAGCAGCAGCAGUCGCCGCUGCGCCUUUCCUCCCCCUCGCAACUCGCCGAGGAGCAGCAGCAACGCGACGAGGAGGAACAGGGCAGCACCGCACCGCCGGCGGCGCUCUCGUCCUCCUACGGCUCCUACGACGAUCCGUUCACCGCUUCGGUGACCUUCAACUCGGCCUAUCCCGCUGACUCUUUCGCAGCUGCGCCGAUCCCCAGCAGCAGCGUGGGCUCACCGCUCUCCACCGCUUCGUUCCUGACUUCCUCCCCCGCUCACUCCUCUUCUUCGACCUCGACUACCACCACGUCGUCCAUGGCCUCGCUUCCCGUCGUCGAGUCGCAGUCCACCGCGUAUGCAACAGCCGGCAAGUACGCCGUGGCCGCCUCUUCGUCGUCGUCAUCUUCUCCCUUUACCGAGGCUCGCUCCCCAUCGCCGCCGCCUCCCUACGCUUACGCAUCGUCCCCGUCUUCCUUCGCCCCCGUAGAACCGCAACACAAUGCUCCGCUUCAGCAGCAGCAGCAGCAGCCGUCGCACUACUAUGUCGACAGCAACGCUCUCCCUCCGGUCAUGCCCUCGCCUUCGCCCUCUGCGGGCCUCUAUGCCGCUGCUUCGGCGCCUCCCGCCUUUUCUGACAGCAGCGCGCGGGCUACGAUUGGCCAGCCCGUCCACUCUGGCACCAAGCGUGAGAAGGAUCUUGGUGAAAGGAUUCAGUCGUACGAGAAGAAGGCAGAGAAGCUGGUCGUGCUGGCCGUGGAGCGACCCGACCAGCUCACUGAAACCGAAAAGAAGAUGAAGGGACUGAUCAACAAGAUCAAAGUCGACCAGGAAGCGUUGGUGGCACAGUUUGCGAGAAGGAACGACGCCGAAGCCGUCUCCCAGCGCCUUAACAACAUCCUCACGUACAUUCAGGAGAACUACGACCUCAUGAAGCGUUUCCGCACGCUCUAUGCCGAGGAUCAGCUCAACGUGUUUGAAGAGAGGAUGUACGGCCUGCUGGGCGAAGUCAACAGCGUCAAGGGACAUGACAUGGACGAAGCGACGAAGUUCCACCAGAAGAUGACGGCCCUCAUGCGCGAGAUGGCCCUCUACCACUCGGUGCUCAGGAAGAAGCUCGAGGAAGAGCAAAAGGCCGCCAAGGACCACGGCGCCGUCCCUGAUGAUCUCGGGGCGAUGAACAAGAACCACCUUCUCAACCGCCUGGAGGACCUGCAGGAGAACAUGGCCGACUUUGAGCACAACUUCUGCACGCAGUACAAGGUCAAGCGGGACUUGGGCGACCGGGCCAAGCAAAUGUUCAAGCAGAUGAAGGUCAAGGAGGCGCAGCAGAAGCACAACGUGGCGCAGGACUCCCUCUACGAACUUAUUAACAUCGCGAGCUGA